CUUGCGAAAACAGAAUUUUCCCAGGCCCCCCUGAAAAUUAGUAGCAAAACACCACCAAAAAAUCAAAAUAUCCGCAUUUCUCUAGAAUCAUUCAAUAUCAUCCAAUACACGUCUUUUUCAAUCAAAUAUCAUCCAAAUACGCGUCUUUCUUACCUUUAUCAUCAAAUUCACAUAUAUCAAUCAACUCUUUUUUCAAUAUGCCUCACAAUGCCCGCUGUCCUGCUGCUUUGCAAGCCUGUACAAAGACUCCUAUUCUGCACCUCAGUCUCCUCAAACUACCUGUUUCAGAAGUUCUGGAUAAUGGAGAGAAUCCAGUCAAUGAUGAGAUAGAGGAGCAGAUGAAUGAGAAGAAUAUAGAGACUCAGUCUGAGGAUCCUUGA